UGUCGUCACAUCCCUGCAAACCUACAAACAAACUGUUUCCAAGUCAGCGCUUUGACAGGGCGCCGCGUUUGUCCUGCGGCGAAGCCGAGGCGUUACGCUUUGAAAGGUUGACUCCAGCACAUAGUAGUAGACAUAGAGAACGCGCAUGAGUUAAAAAGAGAAAACAAUAGUUUAGAGACUGGGAUAACUCUCUUUUAAUUCAAGCUCUGUUAGCUGUCUAAGUAAAGUCUCGUUCUCGAAGGAACCAUUGGAGUACACGGCAAGAAGUCACUUAACACCGACCUCCGAUGCAAAGGCUCCAUGGCAUAAACCCUGUCCUCAGUUUGAGGUGGUCCCUGAGGAAAACUGCAGAGAGGCUUACCCAUCUGACGCCCCGCUGCCAUUUUCCACAGCCUUAGGGGAACCGGGAAGCAGCCGGCAGGAGCCAUGCCUGCCCUGGCCACUGGAGCAGGCCACGAGCCAGGUCUGUAUGAGCUGCUGGCGGCUUUGCCCUCUCAGCUGCAGCCUCAUGUCAGCUGCCCAGAGGACAACACCUUCCUCCAGAACAUGUUUGGGGAGAGGAGCCUCCACUCGUUGAUCAAGAUCCACGAACGUCUGCAGCACUAUGAGGAGAGCAAACCCACUCCCGCCCUGGACAACACUGCAGCUCUCGCCCAUGAAUUGUCGGAGGAGCUGGAAGGGAAACCGGCCAAUGGAGAAAUCAAAGAACUUCUCAAACUACUGGCCAAACCCCACGUCAAGAGUCUUCUGAUGGUCCAUGAUAUGGUUGCCCUGAAGAGUUAUGACCCUGAACUACCUCCGCUGCCUGAUGACCUCGACGAUGAUGAGGAUUCAGUAAAAAUCAUUAGACUGGUCAAAAACAAGGAGCCUCUCGGAGCAACAAUAAUUCGUGACGACCACACGGGAGCUAUCCUUGUGGCUCGAAUCAUGAGAGGAGGGGCAGCAGACAGAAGUGGACUGAUUCAUGUUGGGGAUGAACUGAAGGAAGUGAAUGGAAUCCCUGUUGAUGACAAAAAACCAGAGGAAAUCAUUCGUAUUCUGGCCCAGUCACAAGGAGCUAUUACUUUUAAAGUUGUUCCUGCCAUGAAGGCAGAGACACCAACCAAGGAGCCAAAGAUGUUCUUGAAGGCACUCUUUGACUUUGACCCUAAAGAGGACAAAGCCAUCCCAUGUAAGGAGGCUGGACUUGCCUUUAAGAAGGGCUCCAUCCUUCAGAUCAUGAGCCAAGAUGACGCAACAUGGUGGCAGGCCAAAUUUGAGGGUGAUGCUAACCCUCGUGCUGGCUUAAUCCCAUCCAAACAGUUCCAGGAGAGGAGAUUUGCACAGCGACAACCUGUUGCCACGCUACCGUUCCAGAGGACCUCGAGCAAGCGGUCAUAUGAUGUGACGGUAGAGUUUGCUGAGGAGAUUGAAGAGGAUGCUGAGUAUAGUAGCGGAUUUCACCUAGCCGGGUUCAGGAGGAGCUUCCGUCUCAGCAAGAGAGACAAGAAGAAGACCAACAAGUCCAUGUACGAGUGUAAGAAAAGCGACAUGUACGACAUGGCCGACGUGCCCACGUAUGAGGAGGUCGCCCCGUACCGCAGGCAGAGUGGAGCCAGACACAGGCUGGUGGUCUUAGUAGGACCCACAGGCGUCGGCCUGAGUGAGCUGCAGAGGAAGCUGUUGAUCUCUGACCCUCAGCACUUCAGUGUGACUAUCGCACACACAAGUCGUUCCAAGAGGAGCCAGGAGAGCGACGGUGUGGAGUACCACUUCAUCUCCAAAAGUCUUUUCGAGACGGACAUCUACAACAACAAGUUCAUCGAAUACGGCGAAUACAAAGGCAAUUACUAUGGGACGAGCUUCGACUCAAUUCGAUCCAUCCUCUCCAGGAACAAAGUUUGCCUAUUGGAUGUUCAGCCUCAUACAAUAAAGCACCUGCGGACGGCAGAGUUGAAACCCUUCGUUGUGUUCGUGAAGCCUCCGUCACUCGAGAGAUUGCAAGAGACCAGAAAGAAUGCCAGAACCUUAUCUGGCAAGGAGGACAAGGGAUCCACAAAGCCAUACACGGAGGAGGACUUUCAGGAGAUGCUGAGCACCGCCCAGUCCAUGGAGAAUCAGUACGGUCAUCUGUUUGAUAAGGUCAUCGUGAAUGAUGACCUCUCUGCAGCCUUCGGCGAGCUGCGCUUGGCACUAAGGAAAGUUGAGAUGGAGACUCACUGGGUUCCAGUCAGCUGGACUCACUCCUGAGACCCAUGCAUACAAUGCUGUGAAAAGGAAAAAGGGAAGGGCUCUGACAAAAAUAUGCAGGUUUUUAUCUUCUUUUUUUUAUAUAUACUGUAAAUAUACAAAGUGGGGACGGGGAAGAACGAGUAAAAGACUCCACACUGCUGUGCGGCCAUACCUGAGCUGCACAGACCUAAAAGUACGUUUUUGUCUGGAGUUGGGUAGGAUUUAGAUCUCAGCUGCGGUCUGGACAUGAACCUCCAGGUCUGACCAGAUCUGACAGGGCUGAGGCUCACGGCGUCCCUCCAGAAUAUGUGCCUUGGACAUCAAACUGGAUCACAAUUUAGGUCACACAACCAUGGCCAUGAGUUGGAGCUCUUUGGUCCAAACCAGAAUGUGGAACGAGCCUGGAUCCUCGUAGCACCAGCAGUCCUGCCAGCACAUCACCCUCCUUGCCAACCGGGACUCCUUUUUUUAGCGCGUGUAUAACAUUAGAGCAUUAGAAACCAAAGGGAUUGGCAACCUACAUGUAUAUGUGUGCAAGAGGACACACAUUCUGAGGAGUUAAACAGGAGAAAAGAAAAUAUACUCUGUUGUAUUAUACAUCUGUGCU